CAGCUCUGCCGACAGCGCCGGUGGCUCUGCAGGGAGCAGAGUCCAGCUCGCUGAGCCCAAGGGAUCUACCAUGACACAAGGUGCUCACAAAGGUGGGACGAGGAACCUGGAGACACACCUGGAAGGAGAAACAGGGAGUCAAGUUUCCAAAGGACUCAGUGGAGCCUUCCUGAGAGAAAAAGUGGCCAAAAGUUGUGUAUCUGAGGCAGCUCAAGAGGACGCCUUUGGGUGGGGACCUUGCUGUUACAGCCCAGUGUGACAGGCAACUGCCAUUUCAGAUUCUCCUGUAUGGGCAGGACACUUGAAAACUAGAGAAGCCACCUGAGGUCCCAUGAAAACCAGAACUGUCUGCUCAUAAAGUGCUGUUUUAGAAGAGUAGCCUCUGACCAAGAAUAAAGAUUGUUGUCGGAAUAAUAUGCGAACAGAUCAUGAAGAACUCUGUGGCACCAGUUAUGGAUCUUUUUGUCUAAAUGGAGGGAUUUGUUAUAUGAUUCCUACUGUAUCCAGUCCAUUCUGCAGGUGUAUUGAGCAUUACACAGGAGCCCGUUGUGAGGAAGUUUUGCUGCCCAGCAUCAAGUCCCAAACAAAAGGUGACCUGUUUGCAGCUUUCUUGGCUUCACUUCUUCUUCUAGGAGUUCUUGUAAUUGGAGCAUUCUACUUCCUUUGCAGAAAAGUUUCCAUUCCAAGGACAAGUUCCUCAGAGUGUGGUGCCAACCUAGUUGAACCUACAAGCAGCAAUGGCUGCAACAAAAUAACAACAGCAUAAAGCAAUUAAGUGGAAGAAUGAUGGGAAAACAACAUGCAGAGCAACCCUAAGAACACAAGUUGUAGAGGAUGAUGUGGUGAGCAAGAUGAGAGAAGAAAGCAAACUGAAAUAGGAGGCUUAUGUGUUGGAGAACACUACAACUGAGACAUAAACAGUUGCACUUAAUGGCAUUUGUAUGUAUUUUUCAAGGUGCAUCAAUUAUACAGAAAUCACUAUAACUUGUUUGAAUUUUUUGUGAGAUUGUUUUAUGGCAAGUUACAGUUUUCAGUAAUGCCCAGGUAGACACAUGAGAACUUUGGGGUUUACUACAUGGGAAAUGUAUGAAAUAUAUUCAAUAUUUUUUUCACUGCACAGAGAAUAUGAGAUAAUAACAGGGGUUUAGCAUGACAUAAUACUAUGGAUUUUUGAUAAGGGAAUUUUGUUUGACUGUCUUGAUUCAAUAGUUUCAAAAUUUGUACUACUUAUACAUGUCCAGAAUUUGGCUUGUUUCAGACACCCUUAACAGAUGUAGGGG